AUGGCUAGUGAGUCCAAUGUUGAUCGUGUUGUUCUUUUACCUGUCGACGGCAGUGCGCACUGCGAACGAGCGUUCAAGUGGUACAUCAAGCGAAUAAUGAAACCGGGCGACAAACUCGUCCUACUUCACAUCGUCCAGCCGCACUACAUCACCCCUCCAGGCGGAUUCGCGAUGGACCAAGCUGCAGUUGACAUUUCCUCCAACGUGAAUGAGGGAAUCGCAGCGGGCAAGAAGAUUCUCGAGCGUUACUCGCAGAUGUGCAAAGCUGCACACUGCCCUCAUGUUAUAUCGCUGCAUAUAGAUUCGUCGGUAGGCAACACGGUUAUCAAGGUCGCUGAAGAACAUAAAGCCAGUCUCAUUGUCAUUGCUUCAAGAGGUAUUGGAAAAGCGCGCAGAACGAUACUAGGAGGCGUCAGUCACUAUGUCAUCCUCCACUCCGGUGUGCCAGUCCUCGUUGUACCUGCAGCUAAAAGAAGCUCUGCCUCAUUUGUUUCAGAAGUAGAAAGCCUCGAAAAUGAAUAA